GCACAGAAGAAAUUUAAUGGAGUGAUUACUAUGCAUUAUAUUCUCGUUAAACCUCCUACAAUGAAGUUGGUGUUGUCAGCGUUUCUCUUUUAGAAGAUACGACGAUGAUGUUAUAGUUAUUUUUGUGGAUUUAAAAAAAUGGGUUCAUCUAUAAGCUUGACUGAUAAAGUUCAACCUCAAGAGAUUCCUUUUGGUAAUAAUCCUGAAGAAAGCGAAACUCAUCCAAAAAAAGAUAGACAAUGCACAGAUAUUUUCUUCUUGAUACUCAUGUCUUUAGCUCUUAUUGUUUUGAUAAUUUUAUCAACUUAUUGCAUUUAUUACGGUAACAUUUACAGGAUUUUGUACGGUUAUAACGAUUGUGCCGAUGUCUGUGGUAUACAAAAUUUCAGAGAAAAAGAUCUUAAAUUCGAAUGUAAAGGAAGCGAUAUGAAGUUUAACAAAUAUUUGAUGAUAUUAAACGCAAGUGACACCCAAGGAAAUUCUAAUGGAGUAACGAGAGUUUGUGUAUCAAGUUGUUAUGAUCACCCCGGAUACCGAGAAUUAUUUCACCGUUGCAUUCCCGAAAAAAGUACAUUAAUCGUAAAUCAAUUUGUAUCAAAAUUGGGUUGGAACGAUUUCUUUCAAGAAGCCGCCGAAGACUUGGGAAAUAAUUGGAAAGAAAUUUUAUAUUUAUGCCUUAUUGGGCUUGUUUUUUCACUUGUACUAGUUUUAUUACUUCGAUUUUUCGUGGGAUUUUUAGUAUGGACUGUAGUGAUUGGAGUCGCUUUAGCCUCAAUAAUAGGAACGAUUAAUUUAUGGAUUUUAUACAGCCAAAUUGACAAUGAUAUCAACAACAAAUCCGCUCAAUUAGUCUCAAUUGUUGAAUCAACGAAUAAAUGGAGCAUUCUCUCCUUCGCUAUUAUAGUAACAAUAAUAAGCGUUUGCGUGGUUGUUUUGAUAAUAGCCUUAAGAAAUAGGAUUAAAUUGGUGGUUCAAUUAUUUAAAGAAGCGGGAAAAGCUAUUGCGUCUAUGCCACUACUUUUAUUACAACCAUUUUUGACGUUAUUUUCGUUAGCUGUGGUGAUGAUUUCUUGGUUAUACCUCGCACUUUGGAUUCAAAGUGCUGGUCAUCUCACGUAUAUCAGGCAAAACUUUUUUGUGUAUUUAGCUGAUACCCCAAUGAAAAUCGCUCGAUUUUGGAAUUUCUUUUUAAUGUUAUGGAUGUGCCAAUUUGUUAUUGGGUGUCAACAUAUGGUUUUAGCCGGAGCUGUUUCAACUUGGUAUUUUACCAGGAAUAAAUCUAAUCUUGGAGAUCCAAUUUUAUACAGCCAUUAUAAUCUUAUGAAAUACCAUUUAGGAUCGAUUAGUUUUGGGUCUUUAUUAAUAGCGACUAUCAUGUUUGUGAGGUUAUUAUUAGCUUUUUUACAAAAGCAAUUAGUGAAUAAGACUAAUUCUUGUGCGAAGUAUAUGUUGAAAUGUUGCCAAUGUUGUCUUUAUUGUUUUGAGAAGUUACUAAAAUAUAUUAGUAGAAACGCAUACAUUGAAAUAGCAAUGUACGGCCAAAACUUUUAUAAUUCGGGAAAACGCGCGUUUCAAAUUUUAGCAGCAAACAGUUUAAGAGUUGCUGUUAUUAAUUCCGUUGGGGAUUUCGUGCUGUUUUUAGGAAAAGUAUUAGUUGUUUUAGCUACAGUAUUUAUUGGAAUUGAAAUAUUCGAGAGAAAAGAAGGAGUUCAACACAUUUGGGUUCCUUUAUUCGUUGUUGCAAUCUUCACUUAUUACAUAGCUCAUUGUUUUAUUACAGUUUAUGAAAUGGCAAUUGACACAAUUUUUCUAUGUUUUUGCGAGGAUUGCUCUCAAAACGAUGGAUUAUCCAAACCUUAUUAUAUGUCAAAAGGAUUAAUGAGCUUCGUGGAAAAUUCAAAAAAAAUCAUCGAAGAAUCCAAAGCGAAAUCGUGGGCUUAAAACGCAUUACAUAAAAAUAUUAUAAUUAUUUUUGAUGUAUUAAGUAAGUAAUUAAAAAAGAUAAUUUCA